AUGGCCAAGGUCAUCAAGACAGCAGACGGCCACGGUCACCAAAGCAACAGACGGCCACGGUCACCAAGACAACAGACGGCCACGGUCACCAAAGCAACAGACGGCCACGGUCACCAAAAGCAACAGACGGCCACGGUCACACAACAGACGGCCACGGUCACAACAGACGGCCACGGUCACCAAAGCAACAGACGGCCACGGUCACCAAAACGCGGCCAGUCACCAAAAACAGACGGCACGUUACCAAAACAACAGACGCACGGUACCAAAGCAACAGACGGCCACGGUCACCAAAACAACAGACGGCCACAUUCCCAAGACAACAGAUGGCAGGUCACCAAGACAACAGACGGCCACGGUCACCAAGCAACAGACGGCCACAUUCACCAAGACAACAGAUGGCCAGUCACCAAGACAGACAGCCACGGUCACCAAAAGAAACAGACGGCCACGGUCACCAAAGCAACAGACGGCCACGGUCACCAAAACAACAGACCCACGGUCCCAAAGCAACAGACGGCACGGUCACCAAAACAACAGACGCCACGGUCAGCAAAGCAACAGACGGCCACGGUCACCAAAACAACAGACGGCCACGGUCACCCAAAACAACAGACGGCCACGGUCACCAAGACAACAGACGGCCACGGUCACCAAAGCAACAGACGGCCAUUCACCAAGACAACAGAUGGCCAGGUCACCAGACAACAGACGGCCACGGUCCCAAAGCAACAGACGGCCACAUUCACCAAGACAACAGAUGGCCAAGGUCACCAAGACAACAGACGCACGGUCACCAAAGCAACAGACGGCCCGUCACCAAAGCAACAGACGGCCACAUUCACCAAGCAACAGACGGCCACGGUCACCAAAGCAACAGACGGCCAUGGUCACCAAAGCAACAGACGGCCACAUUCACCAAGACAACAGAUGGCCAAGGUCACCAAGACAACAGACGGCCACGGUCGCAAAACAACAGACGGCCACGGUCACCAGACAACAGAUGGCCAAGGUCACCAAGACAACAGACGGCCACGGUCACCAAAACAACAGACGGCCACGGUCACCAAGCAACAAGACCCACAUUCACCAAGACAACAGAUGGCCAGGUCACCAAGACAACAGGCCAAGGUCACCAAGACAGCAGACGGCCACGGUCACAAAACAACAGACGGCCACGGUCACCAAAACAACAGACGGCCACGGUCACCAAAGCAACAGACGGCCACGGUCACCAAAGCAACGAACCACAUUCACCAAGACAACAGAUGGCCAAGGUCACCAAGACAGCAGACAGCCACGGUCACCAAACAACAGACGGCCACGGUCACAGACAACAGACGGCCAUGCCAAAGCAACAGACGGCACGGUCGCCAAAACAGCGGCCACGGUCACCAAAACAACAGACGGCCACGGUCACCAAAGCAACAGACGGCCACGGUCACCAAAGCAACAGACGGCCACGGUCGCCAAAACAACAGACGGCCACGGUCACCAAAGCAACAGACGGUCAAGGUCACCAAGCAACAGACGGCACGGUCACCAAAACAACAGACGGCCACGGUCACCAGACAGCAGACGGCCACGGUCCAAAGCAACAGACGGCCCGGUCCCAAAGCAACAGACGGCCACGGUCCCAAAGCAACAGACAGCCACGUUCCCGGUCACCAAGACAACAGAAGACCACGGUCACCAAGACAACAGAAGGCCACGGUCACUAAGACAGCAGACGGCCACGGUCAACAAAACAACAGAAGGCCACGGUCACCAAGACAGCAGAUGGCCAGGCCACCAAGACAACAGAUGGCCACGGUUGCCAAAAACAACAGACGGGCCACGGUCACUUCAAGACAACAGACGGCCACGGCUGCCAAGACAACAGAAAAGCCACGGUCACCAAGACAGCAGAUGGCCAUGUCUACCAAGACAGCAGAUGGCCACGGCCAAUUAAGACAACAGGACGGCUACGGUUAA